AUGUCAGCGAUGUUAAAUGCAGAGCAGUCCGAGGCUUUACAAUUAGUAGUGAGCGGCCACAACUGUUUGAUUCAUGGCCAGGCAGGUACCAGCAAAUCUUUUCUUAUAAAAGAAAUUGUCAAAGCGCUAAAAGACAGGGCUGUCGCAGUUACAGCGAGCACUGGUUUGGCAGCACUCCAGUUUCAGUCGGCUACCACAGUGCACCACUGGGCAGGGCUGCGCGAUGGUCGGAAUACAAAUCAACAUCUUCUACAGGUCAUUGCAGAUGAGACCAAAGACCGUAUCAGAACCUGCAGCUUGCUGAUAAUUGAUGAGAUCAGUAUGCUAGAGUAUGUAUGCAGAGCAGUUCGUGAUCCAAGUCUGUAUUUUGGCGGAUUGCAGAGCAAAAAGGUCAAUCAAUAA